CACAAAUAAAGUGAAAGAACGAUUAAGUAGAGAAAAUCUUACACAUCAUUCAAAAUGGAAGGAUCAGGAUGCACAAAAUUACUCAUUUCCGCAACUAACCGAACAGGAGCGUCGUGAUAUCACCUUCGGAAUAUUUCAAGUGAAGCAAGCUUCGUCUUAUGUUCAAGAACAUUUAAAGCCAUCAGCAGCUUUUCCUCAAGAUUCUGAGUUUACGAUACAAACAGCGGACAAUGUUGACGAUUUAGUAAAAGUUCGGUAUCAAUCACGUCAUUCUAAUAGUGAGAUAUAUAACACAUAUAUUGAAUAUAACAACGGCAUUCUAAAUCCAGUUUCCGGAUGGUUUUGCGCUUGUACAGCUGGCGAACGAACUGUCGGUUGCUGCAGUUACAUCGCUGCCACUUUGUGGCACUUUUCCUUGAAUCAGACGGCUAUCCAUGCCAUUAAUCAAUCACUAAAUAAUUAUCCUAAUCUUGUAGAAGAUGCUUUACAGUUUUCUGAUUACGAGAAUUCGUCCGACGAGGACGAUGACACAAUGUUGUAUCAAAUAAACUUGAGCUAA